UCCAAUGCCCACAACUCUUCCCGUGAUGACGCCGCGCCGCGCACAACGCGUCUCACGCAACGCUCUGUGUUUUGGAGAAGAACGGAAGAUGGCGACCUCAAACAAUCCUCGAAAAUUCAGCGAGAAAAUCGCCCUGCACAACCAGAAGCAGGCGGAGGAGACGGCGGCGUUUGAGGAGGUCAUGAAAGACCUGAGCAUCACGCGAGCAGCGCGGCUGCAGUUACAGAAGACCCAGUAUUUGCAACUAGGCCAGAAUCGAGCUCAGUGCUAUGGAGGGUCACUGCCCAAUGUCAAUCAGAUUGGAAAUAGCAACACUGACCUCCCUUUUCAGACGACGGUUUUAGACACCAGUCGGACGUCCCGACAUCACGGCCUGGUGGACCGCGUGUAUCGUGACUGGAAUCGCAUCGCUUCUCCACAUCGUAGACCUCUCUCUGUGGACAAGCAUGGACGUCAGAUUGACAGCUGUCCCUAUGGCUCAGUAUAUCUGUCACCACCUCCCGACACAAGUUGGAGAAGAACCAACUCUGACUCAGCUCUACACCAGAGCGCUGUGAAUCCAGCUCCACAGGACACUUUUGUCGGUGGAUCUCAGGAACUGCAGUCGAAAGGAGUAAAAACAUUGCUGUUGCUCACCCCUCCAGAUACAGAGGACACUGAAUCAGAGAUGGAGAAAGAUGAGCCCAAAGCAUCUCUGCAUACAGAGUCAUGUGACGUUCCUGGGAUUAACAUAUUUCCAUCUCCUGAUGAAGAAAUGAAUAGCUCUUUGAUGCCAGCUGCUCACAGCACCGGCGGCUCCUUACCUGAUCUGACAAACAUCCAGUUCCCUCCUCCUCUCCCCACCCCGCUGGACCCAGAUGACCCCAUUACCUUCCCUACAUCCAGCUCCAGCAGCGCCAACAACCUGACCACCAACCUGACACACCUGGGCAUCAGUGCUGCCAGUCACAUCCCUCCCUCCCCUCCCUCCCCCUCGCCCAAUAUCAGCCCACAGCCGCCCACUCCCACGCUGCCACCUGCCGUCUCCCCCCAGAUACCCAUCGCACAGUCGAUCACGAUGGACAGCCUGUCUCUUGAGCAGCAGUUGUCUCAGUAUUCACUGCUGAGUUUAUUGAACGACCUGCAGAAACAGCCACACAGCUUCCCUCAGAACAUUCGUCUUAUACGCCUCCCGCCUCUCACCGUAAGCUCCUCCCCCAACACCACCAGCCAAUCACAGACAGCCACAAGCGGAACUCCCAGCUCGUACCGCAGUCAGACCGGUUCUUCAGCCAAUCAGUCACCCACAUCUCCAGUGUCCAAUCAGGGCUUCUCACCCGGCGGCUCACCACAACAUAUUCAGGUGGUCGGAAGCAUCUUUGGAGAUUCAUUUUAUGAUCAGCAACUUCCAUCCAGACAGACCAAUGCCCUAUCAAACCAGCUGGAGCAGUUCAACAUGAACAUGAUGGAGAAUCCGGGCGGCUCUAGUCACUGUUCAACGCUGAACUACACACAAGCAGCCAUGAUGGGUCUAACCGGGAGCCACGGCGGUCAGCAGGACGCACAGCAGCUCGGUUACAGUAGCCAUGGCAACAUCCCCAACAUCAUUCUCACAGUGACGGGAGAAUCUCCGCCGAGUCUCUCCAAAGACCUCACCAGCUCGUUGGCCAGCGUUGGUGACGUCAGCUUUGACGCAGACUCUCAGUUCCCAUUGGACGAGUUGAAGAUCGACCCCUUGACACUGGACGGACUGCACAUGCUCAACGACCCGGACAUGGUUCUCGCCGACCCGGCCACGGAGGACACGUUCCGCAUGGAUCGACUGUGAAGCUGGGAAUGCACUUCGAAGCCAGACAUUUCUCUGCAUGGCCUCUCUGUUCACCAUCUGGUCAGUGGCCGUCCACGUCCCCCCAAACACCCACGUAACAGCAUGCUGCCAAACCGCUCGUGGCCAGGGGCCGGUGAAGGCGGCGGCAGCCAGGGUUUGGGGGGUGGUGGAGGUGGAAGUGCUGUAUCCACACUGGAUAGUUUCCAAUGCGCAAUACCAUCCACUCUCUUCACAUAUUCAUGUUUUGGCUAGUCGCCAAUGCGCGGUUUCUAUUUAUCCCUUUUUGGUUGUUCGUCCUUUUGAUUUCAUGGAUCAUCCUGUGUUUAUUAGUAUAUUCGUAUUUGCCAAAUUUCAUCUUUUUUUUUAAUGUUUACAUAACUAUGCCAUGUGUUUAAAGAAAUAUCCAUCUGUGUGAUGAUGUGUGUGAAAUCGACAUAUUUAUUUAGAUUGUAUUUAUUAUAGUUAUUUUUUUAAUUAAAGAUAUAAAUAUAUAUUAUUUAAUCAUAUUUAUGUAAGGAGCACUACUCCCCCAGAUUGUGUAUCAAGGGUUUAAGGGAGCGUUGCUCAUUGUACGCCGGAAGGCAUUAAGUUUGCUUUUACAAAAUGGCUUCCACAACGAUUCGUUUUGCUGCAUUUUUUGUAUCCUCCAAACAUCUCAAGAUGUCACGAUCGGUUUAAUUCUUUCGGUAACAAUUUUCUUGCAGGAGGACAGCAGUCUCUAAAUAGAAAUGUGACCCAUCUUUUGGUGUUUUUGUGGACUGUCGCGUGACUUUCUGUAUGCAUACAUUAUUUAUUCGAAUUGAAGGUCUGUUAUGGCUGAAAUGUAUGUUUCAAUGGUGGUCGGUAAAUAUGUGACCCUCGAGCUGCUGCAGAAACCUGCUGAACACUUCACUGUGAGAGGACCUGAUUUUGCCUUACAUGAACAAAAUGCUGUUUUUAACUGUUAAUGUGUUUUUCUAAUCGUCUCCGAAGUGUUCUCCUCUCGAUAUUCUUGUUUUAACAAUGCCAUUUUGUUUAAUACUGAAUGCUGUAUAGUUUGUACUUGUACUGCCAAACUUAACUCAAGGUUCUGUUGUGAAGCUGAUGUCAGUCAUCUGGCUUGGGGAGAGUAAUGCUCCUUAUUCUGUGCUGUUUACGGGAGUUUGUGUUUGUCAUUCCCAUGCGUAUGUUCAAGCCCUGUCGCACCUUGAUCAAGCUAGAGGAAGGAAUUAAGGAAUCACUCAUUUACAAUUCAGUGACACAGUUAUGAUCUCUAUAUACAGUGGGGUCCAAAAAACACAGCUUUUUGGUUCAAACCUGGAGUUGAAAGUAUUAAAAACAAUGAAGCAAAGGGGAUGAUAAGAAUGAUAUAUUAGGAUUCCAAUGUGAAUUUUGAGAUUUAUUUAUUUAUUUUUUCAUCAAACUGGUGCAUUGAUAAUUGUAGAGGCUUGUUUCUGCUAUAAAAAAUAAAAAAAAGUUAAUUUUGACUUAAUCUCACAAUCUUAAUCUCAAUCUCACUUUUUUCAUGCAGUUAUGAGUUUAUAACUCAUAAUUCUGAUUUAUAAUUCAGCAAAAAAAAAAAAAAAACGUUGCAAGAUGUCUUACAAUUGCAAGAUGUAAACAUGAUCCUGCGAGAAAAAGUCAAAAUUGGGAGAUAAAAAGUCGAAGAAAA